GACAGUCGGAGAUAGUACGGCUUUUGCUGGAGGCCAAUGCAGACAUGGACAAGGCCGAUCAGAAAGGUGUCACCCCUUUGCUCGCCGCAGCUUACACUGGACAGUUGGAGGUUGCUCGGCUUUUGGUGGAGGCCAACGCAGACAUGGACAAGGCCGAUCAGACAGGUACCACCCCUGUGUACAGCGCAGCUGGGAAAGGACUGUCGGAGAUAGUACAGCUUUUGCUGGAGGCCAACGCAGACAAGGACAAGGCCAAUCAGAAUGGCGCCACCCCUUUGUGCAGCGCAGCUGAGAAUGGGGAUUUGGAGGUUGUACGGCUUUUGCAGGAGUCCAAUCAGGAUCAAAGCUAUCCAUCACGGUGGAGCUAA